UCGGACUUGUACGACUGAAAAUGCCCUAUAAUGAUAACACCACACAUCCUUGGCUGUCUCCCAUGUCUAACAACGAAAGCAGCAUCUUACGCGUCCCCCCCCCCCUCAACUUACACUAACCCAAGAGAAGCCCUCAUCCCCGUUCACUGUUCCCGGAGGAGCAGAAAAGAAAACCAAAGAAGAAUCUCACCCGUUCUCAAACAUCGCCCAAAAAUCGCAAUUCUAGCCCCAUAGAAAAAAAUAUCCGACCAACGCACGUACCCA